CGCCGUGUCCCCGUGUCCCCAGAGGAGGUGGAGCUGGAGCUGCGCCUGGCGCGUUUCGAGCAGCUGAUGGCGCGUCGCCCGCUGCUGCUCAACAGCGUCCUGCUGCGCCAGAACCCCCACAACGUCCACGAGUGGCACAAGCGCGUCCAGCUCUACCAGGGCCGCCCCGAGCAGAUCAUCCACACCUACACGGAGGCCGUCCGCACCGUGGACCCCUUCAAGGCGACGGGGCGUCCCCACGGGCUCUGGGUGGCCUUCGCCCGCUUCUACGAGGACAACGGGCAGCUGGACGACGCCCGCACCAUCCUGAGCAAGGCCACGCGGGUGCGGUUCCGGCAGGUGGAGGACCUGGCCGCCGUCUGGUGCGAGUUCGGGGAGAUGGAGCUGCGGCACCACAACUACGAGGAGGCGCUGCGCAUCCUGCGGAAAGCCACGGCGCUGCCGGCCAAGAGGGCCGAGUACUUCGACUCCACGGAGCCCGUCCAGAACCGCCUCUACAAGUCCCUCAAGGUCUGGUCCAUGUUGGCCGACCUGGAGGAGAGCCUGGGCACCUUCCAGUCCACCAAGGCGGUGUACGACCGCAUCCUGGACCUGCGCAUCGCCACCCCCCAGAUCGUCAUCAACUACGGGCUCUUCCUGGAGGAGCACGGCUACUUCGAGGAGAGCUUCAAGGCCUACGAGCGCGGCAUCGCGCUGUUCCGCUGGCCCAACGUGGCGGACAUCUGGCACACCUACCUCAGCAAGUUCGUCGCCCGCUACGGGGGGCGCAAGCUGGAGCGGGCCCGCGACCUCUUCGAGCAGGCGCUGGACGGCUGCCCCCCAAAAUACGCCAAGACCAUCUACCUGCUGUACGCGCGGCUGGAGGAGGAGUUCGGGCUGGCGCGCCACGCCAUGGGGGUGUACGAACGCGCCACCCGCGCCGUCCUGCCCGCCCAGCGCCACGACAUGUUCAACAUCUACAUCAAACGGGCGGCCGAGCUCUACGGCGUCACCCACACCCGCCCCAUCUACCAGAAGGCCAUCGAGGUGCUGGGUGACGACGCGGCGCGGGAGCUGUGCCUGCGCUUCGCCGACAUGGAGUGCAAGCUGGGGGAGGUGGAUCGGGCCCGCGCCAUCUACACCUACUGCUCCCAGAUCUGCGACCCCCGCAUCACGGCCACCUUCUGGCAGACCUGGAAGGACUUUGAGAUCCGUCACGGCAACGAGGACACCAUCCGGGAGCUGCUGCGCAUCAAGCGCAGUGUCCAGGCCACCUACAACACCCAGGUCAACUUCAUGGCCUCCCAGAUGCUCAAGGUCUACAGCAACGCCACCGGCACCGUGUCGGACCUGGCGCCGGGUCAGAGCGGGCUGGACGAGAUGAAGCUGCUGGAGCAGCGCGCGGAGCAGCUGGCGGCCGAGGCCCAGCGCGACGGGCCCCCCCGCAAGGACAAGGUCCUCUUCGUCCGGGCGGAGGCCCCCCGGGAGGCCGUGGCCGCCCUGUCCCAGCAGGGGAACCCCGAGGAGAUCGACCUGGGCGACGAGGACGAGCCCGAGCCCGACGGU